AUGAAGAUAAAUAAUAUUGAUUGUCAAGAUUUUUAAGAAUAAGCUCCAUAAAAACCAAUCGUGAGAUAAAAAAAAGCUUAAAUCUAGCCAGCUGAUUAAUAGAAUAGUUUUUUUCAAGAUAAAAAAAUAGAGUAAUGUAAUUAGAACCAAUAAAAAAUGGAAAACAUUGUACAUUAUAACCAAAACUAGUAAAAAAUGGCAAAUAAAUAAUUUUAGGACCAAGAACAUUUUUAAGUACUAUCAAUUUAACCUCAAAAAAAAGAUAACAAAGAAAUAUACUUUAAUACUCCAUAUCUAAAAGAAAAUAAAGGUGCACUUGUUAACAAUACUAUUUACAACAGAAAUAUUAAUAUAAAUCCUCUAAUUAAAAGUAGAAGCAGCAGCCUAAUAAAAAGUAGAAAUAAUCCUAAUUAAUAAUAUCAAUAAAUAAAACUUAAUAAUGCCUAUAAUUAUACCUACGAAAAUUAUGUUGAUGAACUAAAAUUUUGCAAAAAUUAAAAUGAAUAUGAGAAUACCCAUAAAUAUAAAAACUAGCUCUUUGCAGAUAUAUUAAAAGAUGACAUGCAGCAAAUAUUUAACGAAACUGCUAAAUUUGGAUAAAAAUUUAAUUAAUAAGACUCAAAUAAUAUCACUGCGAACUUUUUAUCUAUUCGUAAUCAACACUCAAGCGAAAAUACAGUUAGAAGUAAUUUUAGUUAAAAUCUAACAGAACAAGUAUAAUAGUAAACUAAAAGAAAAUAUUCUGAAACAGAAAAAUACAAAUAUAAACAGUUUAUAAAUAAACAAGGUAAUUAGACUACCCUAAAAGAAGAAAAUGAAAACAAACUUAGUUAGCUUGUUAAUAUAAAUAACAGUCCUACUUGCUAAAGAGUAAAAUAUUCAAGUUCUUCUCCCAACUCUAUAAGGAUAAAAUAAAAUAACAGCUUUAAAUUCCCUAAAGCAAUUGAAUACAAUAACUAUAACAUAUCUUAGUUAAAUAAUAGCUUAAAAAGUAGUUAAAAUGUCAGUAUAAAUUAAAGAGAUAGUUCUAAGAAAUUGAAUAAUAAUCAUAUAUAAUAACCAAAUUAAAAUUUCAAUAUGUAAAACAACAGUUAAAAUAAUGUUUUAAGUAACAGUUCCAUAAAUAAACAAAUGUAAGCUUUCUAUAAUACACAAAAUAUAAAUACUUUUGAUAGUGACUCAUAUUAUAUACCUGAUCAAUAAAUGAAUGGCGAUAGCAGAGCUUCUCUUAAGUCAAAGGGAAGUAGAGCAGGGAGUCCAGGAGGAUGUAGGAUAAAAGUUUUACCAAUAAAAACAAACAAAGGAGUCAUAAGUGAAUUUUAAACUGUUAAUAGUAGAGAAGGAAGUCCAAACUCAAUCAGGAUUAAAAAAUACAAAUACACUGAAAAUAUUGAUCUAAGCGAUAACUUUCAACAAAACAGCAAAUAACUUUGA